AUGACGACCACACAUCCUGGAUUCUGGGAUGAACUUCAGCCACGGGUCGAGGAAAAACUUACGGGUAAAGGCAUCCCACUAGUUACCGAUCACUUCGGCUUGUUGAAGGCGCCAAGCAUGCUUCCAGAAGAGCAUCAAGCCUCCCCAGAUCAGCAGCCUGGCUUUGAGGCAAUCAUGAGCAUACUACGGAAUGGUGCGCUGUGUGUGAAGCUCAGUACUCCAUAUCGAGCGAGUUGA